AUUCAUCAGGCCGUUUCCUGAAGCCAUUUCUAGACGGGAGGAACGAGAGUUGCGCUACUUUUAAAUCCGUCGCAUCUGCCUAAAUGCACGUUCUUCAGGAAAAAUCAUUUUUAAAAAUCGAUCCUUCAGACAUUCACCUUCACUUCGGUGUGAUUAUUUUUGUCUCUCUCGCGACUGAUUAGCAGCCUUACGGGCUUUAAAGUUAAGAGACAAGAAAAGGGGUUACCCCGAAUACGCAAGAUGAGAAGAGGGAUCUCCUCGGCUCCGGACAAAGUGAUUUUAACAGGGGUUGGGGGCUCCUCUCUGGACAAUAAUCUCAUUUUAACAGCUCUCUCGGACCGUUUAAACCCCGGUCAAUCUAAUACCACGUAUAUUCAAAUAAUAACCACCCCACCGCCUUGUAAUGUUACACAGACAUCCAAUGUGUGUUUAUCCGAGCCUCAGGUUAACAGCAUUUAUACAACUCCACAACAAGCUGCUGCAAACGGAACCGGACAGCGACCCUCUCUGGGAAGACCACCGGCAAAAAGGCGGUUGGCGCUUGACGAUUCAGAUCACCAGUACCAGUCAGAACCAGCCAAAACACCAAGAGGUAGAGGAGGAGCUGCAGCAGCAAAUGGGACACGGCUAAAGACGCCCAGGACUCCCAAGUCUCCGCCUGAGAAGACACGAUACGACACCUCGUUGGGUCUGCUCACAAAGAAGUUUGUGGAUCUCCUCGCUCAGUCUUCUGAUGGUGUUCUGGACCUCAACCUUGCUGCUGAAACCUUACAGGUUCAAAAAAGACGACUUUAUGAUAUCACCAAUGUAUUAGAGGGUAUUCAUCUCAUCAAAAAGAAGUCCAAGAAUAACAUUCAGUGGAUGGGCUGCAGUCUGUUGGAAGUAGAGGGGGCUCUAAGCCAAAGGCAGAACCUGACAGCUGAGGUUUCUGCGCUGGGUGAAGAGGAGCAAAGGCUUGAGCAGCUCAUCCAGAGAUGCAGCCUGGAUAUAAGACACAUGAGCGAGUUACCAGGCAACCAGAAAUAUGCUUAUAUAACGUACCAAGACAUCAAACAGCUGAGGAGCCUGAGAGACCAGACUGUUAUCGUCGUCAAAGCGCCAACAGACACCAAGCUGGAAGUACCGGACCCUGAUGAGAGUCUGUCCAUCCACCUCACCAGCACCAAGGGUCCCAUUGAAGUGCUCUUGUGCCCAGAUGAGGAAAAUGAAAUAAGUCCUGUAAAAAAUGGCAGCACAGACAUAAAUGGAAACUCACCUUUCCUAAAAGUUGUCCAAGAUUCACAUUGCACGACCACAUCUCCCAGCAACUUCCUGUCUCCACCCACAUCCUCCUCAGCCGUCUCCGUGACAACGUUGUCCCCCAUCUCGUCCCCAUACACCAGUCUCCUCCAGCAGACAGAAGACCAGGUCCAUUCAUCCCAAGGUCCCUUCUUAAACCUGGUGCCUCCCAUCCUGGAAGAUGACUACCUUUUGGGUUUAGAAGACGACCAGGGAAUCAGUGACUUGUUCGACGCCUGUGACUUUGAUAAAAUGCCCUCGCUUGGCCUGGAUGAUCUCCUGUGCAGCUAGCAUUGGCUGAAAGACGGAGAUGGAAACGCAGAGCUUUGAUAGUGUCUUUCAUCCCCCUCCCCCCCUCGGAUAUUUUUUAACACAGGUGGAAGAAACUGUAGGUAAAGGGAAUCGGCUCUCUUCACAAAGCCUUUGUACAGAAAGGCAAUUUGAAGGAAAAAAACGCCACAAAACUUGGCAUUAGCAUCACUGUCCUGGUUGACUGUUGAGUUUAACAUGGCGGCAUGAUCACAAAAGUCCAAAUGCAGAAAAGGGGAACCAUGCAAGUAGAUUUUUCUUUCAUUUCAUAGUUUCAGGUUUAUUUUUUACAAUUUGGUGCGCAGUACGAAACCCCUUAUGUGUUUAAUGCCAAGUGUUGUGGGUGAGAGAGUAAAGAAUUUUAAAAAUAGAUUUCAUUUUAUU